UUUUGUUUUCUUGGUUCAAUUUUGUAGGCAAGAAAAGUGUCUCUUACCUUCUUCCAUGAUUUUUUAGACCAAAAAGGAAGACUUGUUUUGGAGUUGAGUGCUUUGAGGCUUUUCAUGUGAAAAGGUUCUGUUUUUCUAAUUUGGCUGUAGAAUUUCUGGGGUUUUCUUGGGACUGACGAUUUUACCAGAAAUUUAAUUCUUGGUGUUGGUGGAAGGUGAAAGGGUUUAGGGUUUAUCUAUUUUUGCCCCAAAAUUGUUAAAGAUAUGAAGUUGGAAAAGGAUGUUAAAAGGGAGAGGGUGAUGGAUGGUGGCAUUAGUUCAGUGAGGAAAGUUCGAAUCAUCUAUGAUGAUCCUGAUGCUACGGACUCUGAGAACGAUGAUGAUCGUUUUGAUAAAAAUGUCAGUAGAAUCAAGCGUGUUGUUAAGGAAAUUGUUAUUCCUGUUGUUUCAUGGGAGAAGGAGUUUAAAAAAUGUUCUAAACUUGAUGACAUUGGGAUUAAAGAUUCCAAGAAGAUUCAUGAAAAUAAGAAGGUGCAGCUAAAAUCGUCCGCUUUGCCUAAAGGAAUUAGGAUGAGGAAAUGGGGGAAAUAUGCAGCGGAGAUCAGAGAUCCCUCGCAGGGGAAAAGAAUAUGGUUAGGGACUUUUGAGACUGUGGAGGCGGCUUCACAAGCAUACGAGGCAAAGAGGGCUGAAUUUGAUAGAAUAAUUUCGUUGGGAAAGGGUAAGAAUUUGAGCUCUGUUGGAGCUGCUCCUCCUGCUGAGUGUUCUGUGGCUUGUUCAUCUCAUCCGAUAAAUGGGAAAAAUCGUGUGUACUCACACCCAUCCCCGUCUUCGGUGCUAGAUGUUCCCACAUCAUCAGCUGCUGCCCCGCUUGAGUCCAAUGACAAUCCAACGAGAGAUAUGGCUCAAAUGCCAGAUUCAGGUUGUGAAGAUUUUAAUUUGAGUUUUGAGGAUCAAAUGCUUCAUGAAUUUAUUAACCAGGGCAUUUCAGAAUUGAUCGAACAUCCUUUGAUAGAACAAGGGUCCAUUAGCAAUAGCCUUGUGGAGAUGACUCAAGUGAAUAUCAAGAAGAAAACGAUAGCCAGACCACCAAGUUGUAAAAAAUUAACAAAGGGGAUUGAGGACCACCGCAAUGACAAGUCCAUUUUCAGUGUAUUAGAUAAGCCUCCAAUCAUGUCUCCUUGUAUUCGUACAGAGCUGCUUAACUUGAACAUCGAGGAAACAGCAGUUAUGGGGAAUAACUUGAAACUUCUAGGCUUUGAUGACAAUGCUUUAUUUGAUAAAGAUUUAGCACAAACGUUUGAUCCAUAUACAGAUGCUAUAGCCUUGGACAGCACUUUUCAAUGCUGUGAUGGUUGGAAUGAGUGUGUUUAUUGCAAAGUUUUCACAGAUGAAGUUGAUCUAGAUGAAGUUGACCUAAGAUGGUUAGAAAAUGUUUUGUUAUAA